AUGGUCACGAUGAAGUACUCAGCGCUGCUGGCCGGUUCUGCCUUGUCCGCUUCGGCAGCCUGGGUUCACCCUGGCAUGCUUCAUUCCGCCGAAGACUUCGAGCGCAUCACUACCAAUGUCAACGCUGGCAAUGAGCCUUGGCUCACCGGCUGGUACAAGUUGACCAACAACUCGCACGCACAAUCCACCUACACCGCCAGACCCGUCGAGCUCCUUUGCCGCGGUACCCCGGCCAGUUGCACCCAAAACUUCAGCCGUGGAUACAAUGAUGCCGCCGCCGCCUACCAACUUGCCAUCCGUUGGAAGGUCACUGGCGAUGAAGCCUUCGGUACCGCCGCCGCCAACAUCGUCAACGCCUGGUCGAGCACCCUCACGGCCAUCUCCGGCAACAGCGACAAGUACCUCGCCUCCGGACUCUACGGCUACCAGUUCGCCAACGCGGCCGAGAUCCUCCGCGACUUCGACGGCUUCACCGACGACAACCUGGCCGCGGCGUCGGCCAUGCUCACCGACGUCUUCUAUCCCAUGAACCACCGCUUCUUCGUCGAGCACAACGACGCGGCCGACGACCACUACUGGGCCAACUGGGACCUUGCCAACAUGGCGACCGCCCUGUCCGCCGGCAUCCUGGCCGAGAACCAGACCAUUGUCGACGAGGUCAUCAACUACUUCUACAACGGCACCGGCAACGGCGCCAUCGAGAAGCUGUUCUGGAUCGUGUACGACGACGGCACCGCCCAGGUGCAAGAAGCCGGCCGCGACCAAGGCCACACGAUGCUCGACAUCGGGCUCGUGGGCGCCUUCGCGCAAAUGGCGUACAACCAAGGCAUCAACCUCUUCGCGUACGACGACUACCGCAUCCUGCGCGGCGCCGAGUACGCGGCCAAGUACAACCUCGGCAACGACGUGCAGUACACGACGUACGUCAACAGCGACGUGACGCAGACGGUCAUCAGCGCGCAGGGGCGCGGCAACAUCCGGCCCAUCUGGGAGCUCAUCUACAACCACUACGUCAAGGUCGAGGGGCAGGAAGCGCCGUAUUCGGAGCAGUACGCGAAGCUGGUGCGGGACGCGGCGGGCGGGGCCGAGGGCGGCGGCGGCGACUACGGCCCCAACAGCGGGGGUUACGAUCAGUUGGGGUUCGGGACGCUGUUGUACACCAGAUGA